AUGGAUGACUGGAAAAGUCGGCUUGUAAUCAAGAGCAUGCUUCCCCAUUUCGCCAUGGUGGGAAAUCGCCAGGAGCCCAGAAAGCUCCAGGAAUCGCCACAGGGAACCCUUAAGAGGAGGCAGGAAGGAGACAACUACCAAUUUGCAGGCAUGGCUGAUGGGGGUUACCCUAAUAAAGUUAAGAGGCCCUGCCUUGAAGAUGUCACCCUUUCUAUGGGCCCAGGUACCCAUCCCAGUACCCUCUGUACAGAGAUGCAGGUUCCCAUGUUAUCAGUGAAUCCUAGCUCUGCAGUGAUGGGAGUACCUAAUCAGUCAUUACUACUUGAGAAUAAUGCCAUGAAUGGCAGUGUCACAGGCCCACCAUUUGGAGUGCCACCAACCCCAGAAAUGGAGCUGAAAGAACCCUCUGCUCCUUGCUAUGAGAAAAACAGCCCACCUGCUGAAGACCAGGAACUUCAAGAUCUGCUGGAAGAGUUAACCAAAAUUCAGGAACCUUCUUCGUCUGAAUUAGAUCUUGAGAAUAUACUGGGGAGCAAGCCAGAAGAGCCAUUGGUCUUACAUCCUCCCCAGGCAACCGUAGGCAUGCCCCCCCAGGCAACCGUAGGCAUGCCCCCCCAGGCAACCGUAGGCAUGCCUCCCCAGGCAACCGUAGGCAUGCCUCCCAAGCUUCCAGUUCAGAUGCCACAAUUGGAGAGUGUUUGUUCCAGCAAGGCUUUUGCUUCGAGUUGCAGCCAAGUCACUGGCGUGUCAGUUCCAAUCAUGCCCUCCUCCACUGGGAUCAGCCAUUCUGUUCCUUCCACCAGUAAGCAGAUGGUCUCAGUCAGUCCUUCAACAACACAGGCCAAGAACCAGGCCCAGGCCAUGCUCCCUGUCACUUUGCCCCCAUUACCAGUGCCGCAGUGGCAUCAUGCCAACCAGCUGAAAGCAUUGGCAGCCAGCAAGCAGGGAUCUGCUACAAAGCACCCAAGGCCCUGCAUCGCCUGGUCUGGCCUGCCUCCUACAGGCAUCUCCCCACCUUACCGUCCGGUGCCAUCACCACACCCACCACCACCACCACUACCACCACCACCCUUUGGCUCUCAGAGCUUCAUGGGACCCUGCAUAUCAUCCAACAGUUCCUCAGGCAGCACUGUGCAAGCCUCGCCCAAUGCCUUACUCUCCAGCAUGACGUCUGGCAGCAGUGCCACUAUGGGGCCCACCUUGCACUAUGUUCCUGAGAAGCAUCCCAGCGUGGCUGUCAAUCAACAGCCACAGUUUGGCCAACAGAGCUCCAUUCUUGCAAACCUGGUGUCCUCUGCAAUCAAAAGUCCUCAAGGACACCUGAUGUCUGCUCUGCCCACCAGCAAUCCAGGGCCAUCCCCACCCUAUCGCCCAGAGAAACUCUCCAGCCCAGGCUUGCCACAGCAGUCCUUCACUCCACAGUACUCUCUGAUCAGGAGCCUCCCUCCCACCAGUACUCAGCUAAGUCAGCAGCAGCAGCAGCAGCAGCAACAGCAGCAGCAGCAGCAGCAGCAACAACAACAGCAGCAAGCAAAUGCCAUCUUCAAGUCCAUAACCAGCAAUUCAUCCAAAACCAUGACCAUGAUCAUGCAACAGGGGCUGACCAAUUCCAGCCCAGAAGCCCCUGAACCAUUUACCUUUGGCAACACCAAGCCAUUGUCCCACUUUGUUUCUGAGCCAGGCCCCCAGAAGAUACCCUCCAUGCCUGCCCCCUCCAGGCAGCAAUCCCUGCUUCACUAUUUGCAGCAGCCCACACCAGCUCAGGCCUCCUCAGCCACUGCCUCCUCCACUGCCACUGCCACCUUACAGCUGCAGCCACCACAGCCACUGCUGCCACCACCACAGCCACUGCCACCACCACCACAGCCACUGCCGCCACCACCACCACCACCACAGCCUGACCAUUCUGCAUUCCUACUGCAGCAGAUGAUGCAGCAAUCCCAACGCUUUCAGCGAUCAGUGGCCUCAGAUUCCAUGCCUGCUCUGCCCAGACAGACCCAUGUAGACAAAGCCUGCAAGCUUGGGGAAGCCAGGCCCCCUCAGGUCAGCCUCGGGCGUCAGCCCCCAUCCUGCCAGGCCCUGGGGAGUGAGUCCUUCCUGCCCGGCAGCUCCUUUGCUCAUGAGCUGGCCAGAGUCACCUCCUCGUACAGCACCUCAGAGGCAGCGCCCUGGGGCGGCUGGGAUCCGAAGGACUGGAGGCAGGUGCCUGCUCCACUACUGCCUAGCUGCGAUGCCGCAGCAAGAGAAACAGAGAUCAGGUCUUAUGGCAAUAACCCCUAAACAGAGGAGCAUGUACAUGGGCCAGCAGAUGAGCCAUUUUCAAGCCGUCCAAGAACAAGUCACCUCCAAGUGUAGCCACACCAAGGCAAGCCCCCUGUCCAGCCAGCAUAUGAUGUCAUCCACACCUGGGCUCCUUCAGAACAAUGAGAAUCCAGGAAUAAUCCAACCCACCAGACACCAGAGCCAUGAGGGCAUGAACACGAUCUCACCAACUCUGAAGAAGCAGCAAAGAAUAUUCAACUCCAGCCCCCAGUGUCCCACAUCCUCACACUUGAACCAGAACCCCCAGGGCAAUCUUGGCUCUGUCUGCCAGCAUCCACAGAAUCCCAAAAUCACCCCUAUAGGAGUGCCCCUGCCCAGGUUCUGCUCCCACCCCCUGGACAGUCAGCACCUAAGUCCCCACCAGCUCAGACAGCCCAGUAUGACAAGAAUGCCCACUGUAUUCAACAAUGCUGCCUGGAUGGUGGCGGCAGCAGCUAUGACCACAGCAGUUUCGAGGGAACCUCCUCCAAGCCAGGGAGAUGACAGCAUGAAGCACCAUUUUGAUAGCAACUCAGUCUUUGCCAAGGUGCCCAUGGGAGUGCCUCCGGUAGCCUCGGCAUUUCCAUCUCAGCAGCCGUUUGUGCCCCCUAAUCAGGCUGCCCCGGGAGGCACACCUGACCAGAAGGUUAGUGAUGCCCUGGCCAACCCCAGCUUCAGGCUGCUGGGGAACCAGAGCUUCCAGCAGAGCCCAAUACAGGUCCCUGUGCCUGUGCUGAACACCACCAAGUCCCUCCAGCAGGGCAUGGCCACCAUGGCUCCCAUGAGUCCCGUUCAGGGCAUUGAGCCACCAAGCUAUGUGGCUGCUGCCGCUGCUGCCGCUGCUACAUCUGCCAUCGCUGCUAGCCAGUCCUUGGGUCCAUUUAACAGAACAGGUAGCCUCCCUGAGCUGCCACCUGACAACCUUUUGCUCCAAUCUCAUCCCCAGUCUCCACUAAAUGGUCUGAUUUCACCCCCUGAUGAUAGUGAGGUGGAUUUCAUUGAAGCUCUCUUGAAAGGCUCUAGCGAGGGCCCAGAUGAAGACUGGGUGUGCAAUUUGAGGCUGAUCGAUGACAUUUUGGAACAGCAAGCUGCAGUCCAAAAUGCCAUAGCCCAGAAUGCUGACCAGCUCACCAAGGGUACUGAGGAGUUUUAGAUCAGAGCAGGAUGCCCACAGAAACCCCCAUGUUGAUGUCACUCAAAGGAGUCAUCAGAAUCCACAUCAAGUUCACAACUGGCCCCAGACAGUCACACUUGGCUCCUCAUUAGUGGUGUCAGCCCAGCCUGUCCUACUCUCUACCAGAAACAAUGGAAAGCUGGCGAUUUUUCAAGCUACUUGUAUAUAUUUAAAAAUUUUGUAAAUGGUUUUCCUAAACACGAAUGACAGAAGUAUUUAUACUUGGUUUUGUGACUUUGUAAAUAAAGUGACGGCUUUUGUUUCAAUA